GUAAUUCGGUAGUCAUAGCAACAUCAGCAAUGGCCGCCGCCGAGCAGGGCUACGAGCACGCUGCGGCCGAAGUUUUGCAGGCUGUCGCCCGUCACUUGAACUGCUUGAACGAUGAGAAUAAAAGCGUCAGGAAGCGGGCACUGGAAGGUAUCCGCCGAGAGGUGGUGGAGCGGGGCCUUCCCGGCGGUGUCCUGCAGCUUCUUCUCUCCUCUCUCUUGAAGCCUGUGCUGCGCAGUCUGCUAGACCCCAUGGAGCGGUGCAGAGAACUCGCCACCGAGGUGCUCCGUCACUUCAUCCGCAGCGCCCACAGACCGGAGGAGGCUUUACCGUACCUGUUACCGGCGCUGGCGCAGCGUCUCGGGGGGCCAGAGAUCGUAGAGCCUGCCGAGGAACUUCGACUCGCUCUGCUUGAACUUGUAACUCUGACAGUCGAGGUGUGCGGGAAGAAGCUGUCGCCUUACCUAGACGACAUGGUCCGAAUUCUGCAGAGGGGAAUCGUGGACCCUUUCCCUGAUGUGAAGAAGGAGAGCUGCAGGUGUGCGUCGAGCUAUGCGGAGUGUAUACCAGAGCACUUUCACAUGCAGUCAGAGUCCCUCAUCAAGCCUUUAAUGCAGACCAUUUCACACCAGCAUUCGCGGGUCCGGGUGGCUGUCAUUAUGGCAACAGGAACGGUGAUCCAGUGUGGCAGCGGCAAGUCGGUGGACGACGUGAUUUCACAUCUCGCCCAGCGCCUUUUCGAUGACGCACCGCAGGUUCGACAGGCCGUCACCAACGUCGUCGGCAGUUGGCUUUUGACACUUCGAGAUCGGUACUCAUACUUUCAUAAGCUAAUUCCACUGCUUCUUAGCAGCUUGAAUGAUGAAAUACCAGAAAUUAGGCAUCUGGCGCUCAGCUACUGGAGCAGAGUCGGACUUCAGUGGCAGCAGGAGAACGAAGAGGAUCUGAAGGACAAGCUCGACUUUUUGGUUUGUCCUGUUCCUCAUUACCCAGUAGGAGUUGACCGACCAAACCUUGGCUGUCGUGAACUCAUUUUCAGGAACCUUUCCAAAAUCCUGCCUGCCAUCAGCAGAGACAUAACAGACUGGGUUGCGGGCACCAGAAUCAAGUCGUCGCAGCUCCUGGGCGUCCUCCUCCUGCAUGCCGAGGACCACAUCACACAGCACAUGGAGCUCCUACUGUCCACCUUGUAUCGGACGUGCAGCGACGAAGAACUGCAGGUCGUCCAGAACUGUCUCAAAUCCGCAGAGCUGAUUGGCACCUUCGUGAGCCCGGAGGUCUUCCUCAAGCUGAUUCUGACCAGCCUGCAGAAAGCCCCCGGCCCCACGCACCUCAUGGUCCUGGCCUCCGUCAUCAAAGGCUGUCCGGGAAGCCUGCUGGCACCUCAUCGCCCAACACUUGCUGACGCUUUGGCCCAUCCGGAUGUUUGUCAGGCUUCUGAAAAGCUGGCAUUUCUGGAGCAGCUGCUGAGUUGCGUGCAAACGCUGGUGACGCAGUGUGGAGCCGACGUUGGCGAGAUCAGCCUCCAGCUGCUCAAAGUGCUGCUGACCAUCCAGGCCCUGACGUCCGACCUGCAGCUGAAUGACAAGGUCGUGGAAGUCCAGGGUCUACUGUCGAGGCUUCAGGGGCUGAACGGGUUGGCAGAUUUGUACCGGCGGCACAUGGCAGAGCUGAUGGCGUGGCUCUCGGCCAGUCACCAGCAGUGGACCAGCUACUCCGUGGAGAGGCUGCAGUUUGAGACCCUCCUGCUCCAGUCAGGACCCGUAAUCGGAGAAGCCCUCGAUCUGAUUAUGCCCAUUCUGACGGACUGCCUGCAUCCCAGCAAGGACCCGGAGAUGAGACUCAAGCUUUUCACCGUCGUCUCCAAGCUGCUGUUGAAGGCCGGCGACACGCUGAACUCGCAGGGACGGCUGGCCGACCACCUACAGGCGUUUCUCACAGACGCCGUCCUGCCCAAUCUGCUGUGGCACGCUGGAAGGACGGCUGCUGCUAUCCGAACCGUCGCCAUCUCCUGCCUCUGGGCCCUUCUACACAGCGAGGUGCUGCCACCUGCACAGUUGCUGUUUGUGCGUAAAGACCUGAUGGCUCAGGUGGUCGCUGCUCUUGACGAAGACUCCAAGAUGACCCGGCAGAUGGCCUGUCAGAUCAUCGGCUCCAUUCUGCUUCUCUGCACUGACCAGCUGGACGCAGAGACCCUCAACACAGUCUACCCUGAGCUGCUCAAGCGUCUGGACGAUGCCAGCGAUGACGUUCGAGGUGCCGCCGCACAGGCCCUGACUAUGUGGUUUCAGCGCGUCCCCCCAGAUUACGACCGGACCACUUACCGAGGACACCUUGAAUUUCUCUACCGCGGCCUCCUAGUUCACCUGGAUGACCCGGACAGCAACAUUCAGAUGGCCAUCUUGGGCGUGCUGAAAGUGGGCAGUGCCAUCUGCCCGUCACUGCUGGAGAAGGAGGUCGAGGUGGUCCGGGAGAAGCACCGUACGCCGUGGUUCUGUGACGAGCUGCUCCAGCACAUCCAGACGCUCGACGGUAGCUCAACGUGAGGGUAGGAGUGGCGGCCCCCCAGUUGGCAGCUUCAGCUGUCCCUUCACUGGUUGGCCUGGCAGUUUGAGUGACCCACAUUUAUCUGCCCUUCUCCUUCACUCCCGCCAUUGGCUGUGAACAUCAGGUGUGAAGCCCCCCGGGGUCACUAAGGAUUCUUCUUUUGUAAUGGUGCAGAGCAUUAUGGGAUACGCUCUUUGUGCCCUGCCUGCUCCGCUGAUUGCAAGUGGGCCGCCGAGUGCCAUCACUGUGAAGACCUCUGCUUUGCACUGGCGCCUCCUACAGGCACGAGCAGCGGGCACACCCUGUGGGCAUGAGAGGACGGCUGUAGGAUGAGCACAGAGGCCUGGCACUUUACCACAUCGGGACACGAGGCGAUCAAGAAAUGGUGUAAGGGAAGAAGGUGCCAAGUGGGGUGGCAUCAUAAGAAUCAUGUCCAGUGCCACCACCCGGCCUCCUCUUCACGCUUGGUUUGGUUUGGUUUGUUCUUAAUUUAACGUUUUCUGUUUCCCACGUUGUUACAAUUUAAAGUGCCAGCCGUGUUUUAAUAAAGUGCUUUUGUACGCUGA